AUGGUCCGUCAAAUCCGGAUUAAAAAGGAUUAUUACUCGAUUUUAGGCCUGGAAAAUAAUUGCACCGUGGAUGAAAUCGGGAAGGCAUACAGAAAGUUGUCCCUAAAAAUCCAUCCAGACAAGAACAAGGCCCCCGACUUUGAGGAGGCUUUGUGUAUAUAUUCUUCAAUUUCUAAGUUAGGUGUGAAGAAGACAUCGCCUCCCACUCAUGAUUUAUACUCCACCGCACAAGAUCCGGAAAAAGUUCAGGAAUCAGAUGAGUCAUUUCUUGUGUUCUGUGUGAAGGUUACACCAUCAUGGCUUGUUGAUAAGUCAUUGAACACGCGGCACGCGUCUGAGGGGUCAGUUGCAUUCAAGAAGCUUUAUAUGACCGAUGUUGAAAUCGGGACUUCGACCAUUAGCGAUAGGUGUCGAUAUGAAACUGAGGAGCAUGGAGUGCCGAUGUAA